CUUAUAUCAACAUUUAUGGAAAAAAGCCGAAUCUCGGCAUUAGCAGCGCGUAGGCCUUCAACAGAGCUGAAGUGAUCAACUAUACCACACCUUCCCAAAUUCGACUUCUUUCCCGGCAGAAAGAGUGAACUUGCCCAACGAGGGCGUUCCGAGACCAAUGCUAUCAAUAAGAAGGAUAGACUCUUUCUACUCCCGAGGCAAUCCAACCUUGGGUACGAGCGAUAGACAUUCAAUUCACGCGCAGCCAACCCCGUCGUUAUGGCUUCAACCCCUUUUCCUUAAUUUAAUAAAGUAACUUGCGUGCGUUUUGUUUUCUCGGUCAAAUGAGUUGAAAAGAGAUUUGAGCUCUACGACGUCCAUUGAAAUCGACACCUUUUUUUGCCCUUGCUUAGCUCGAAUAAAAGUACGAUAUUCAAAGUAGAAAGAAGUCCUGCUCUGCCGCCCGUGUUAAGCCAAGUGAGUUUACUUCGUUUGUGCCAUCUCGGUCCAGUUUAGAAUUGACCUCCAUUUUAAAUCCCGCUUCCUUGUUAGCUAGGAACCCCUCCUCUAUGAAGCAGAGAAUGAUCGAUCGAAGACGAGAAGAUAGAAGAAGAUCUUUUAAGCAUCGGUUGCGACAUCGAAUGAGACUUAUCCAGGAGCAAAGACUCGGUUGUCUUUCGUCUUUGAAGAAGUCAAACGCCGCCUAGAAAGAGGCUACGAAGCGGUCGAGGUUGAGUGAAGACCAGUGGUUGCGAAUAUUUAAUUCCAUGUGCUAGAUAUCCUGCUUCUUUGAAUCAUUCAUGGGUAGGCCAUGUAACCAUGCCUUUGGGUGCUGUUCCUUCUUCGUUACAACAAAAGAUCAAGAUGCCAAGAGAUGGGGAAUUCUUACUAUCCAUGGAGAUGCUGAUAGGGAGACAACUUUCUUCGAGGUGAAGGAUGACAAUGCAGGAUUUAAUCUAACCGGGUUCCAGUUUGUUAAUGCUAUAGAAAGGGUGCCCCCUUUAUUUUUAUCCUAUGCAAAUCAUUACGUGGCUCAUAUAGAGAUGGGACAUUUCCCUGGACUUGGCUUGGGGGGAGAAAGAGCAAGGGGUCACCAAACUUUGUGAAUCACAAGGCAACUUAUAGGCUGGGUUAUGUUCCAACUGAAGAGGACAAGGCUGCCUAGGUAGAUGGGUGAAAGAGAGAAGAGGGUUUGCCCCCAUAUUCCAAAAGAAUGGCAAUUUUUAAAAAAGAGAAGGUUCCAAUUUUCCUUUAUGUGUUUUUCCAGAGCCGUGGUACGAUCCGAGGAGCGGGAAAUGUUAUCCAGAAUUGGAGGUCUUCGCUGAUGUGGAGGUCAAUUGGGUGGUGGAGGUACCUGUUCAGCUUGUGCUUGUUGAUCCAAAUUUUCAUUAACAGGAGCCUCAUCAUUAGUUGCAUCAUCUUGAGCUUCAGGUUCAUCUCCCCCGUGAUCAUCACGAACAUAAGGAACAGGGUCUUACUAUAGAUACGAAUCUCCAUUCGGUGGCUCUGGAUCUACCUCUUUUCAUCGGUUCUUAUUUGGAUAAGCUGCAGGAUCAACGGCUGGAUCGGCUGGAACUACACUGGGCUAUGGAACUAAAAUGGAAGCUAGAGAAUGCUGGAUCAACCGGCGAGACUUACUGUGCCGAGAGCACCAAUAGAUAGCCAUGCUAGAUCCCUCAACAACCGUAGUUUCCCUCGUUUUCAGAGGGUUUAAUAGUAGGAAUUCUUCAAGGGGGUUGAAAACACUCGCAUAGAUUCCUGAUUAGGGCCACCCUUCGAAUUCUGAUUUAAAGACGCUCUCAAGAAAGUUUCUUUUAUAAGACCUGAAUGGAGCCUUUUAACACGAGUUAGAUAUUGAAGGUAGUAGAAGUGAUGUGUGGGAUACAUAUACCUUUCAAAGCAUCGGAAAUGGAGGUUUAAGGAAAAUGUUUCCCCUGUUCAGCGGAAUUGUGAUCGCUUAGCC